UCCGUCACGUGGGGCAUGGAAAUGCUCCCGCGGCCGCCCUGCCCCACUUUCUCGACCCCGCCAGACGGCUCCUUCGCCUCCCCUCCGGGCGGCCGGCAGCGCCAUGAAGAUGCACUUCAGCAUCCCCCUCUCCGAAGAGCUGCUGGAGAAGUUUGGCGGCCGCUACGUGUUGUACUCUGUAUAUCUGGAGGGCUUCCUUUUCUGCAAGUUACGGUACAGUCAGUUGCACCGCUGGAAUGAGCAGCUAAGACGAGUCUUUGGAAAAGGAAUGCCUUUGUUUCCUCCAAAAUUCUACCUUGCAAUGACAAAGUCAAUGGCUGAUGAAAGGAGAACUCAGCUAGAACAAUAUCUACAGAAUGUUUCCGUUGAUCCAAGUGUGACAAAGAGUGAUGUCUUUAUUAGUUUCUUUAGGAAAUUACAGCAGGUAAGUUUUAGUGUUCCAAAGUAAGGUAGAAAGAGAAAAACAAUUAUCUUUGCUCCUGUUCUUGUAGACUAGAAGCUGGCUUGCUGUUACUAAUAUUUAAACGUGGAGUACUCGUGUUCAGGCUAUCAGGCAACCAGUCAUACCUUUUCCAUUCCUCUGUUCUUUUUUCCCAACUUUUUUUUUCUACU